GACGCAGAGACAGGACUAACAGGGAACAGGAUCACACAGAAACUCAAAAAUAAACACAUAGAAACACGGAUCACGACACUCAGUGCUUUAAAUGGAAUAUGAACAUUUUCUCAAGAGGUAACAUAGACCUGCCUCAGCCUGUGCACCCGCUUCUUCUCCUCCUUCUUCAGGCUGUAAGUUGCAUCUGUGAUACAAAUGUUCCCCAGAUGGUGUUUCUGGCAGCUGGUGAAACUUGAUUGGCACCCCUUUUAGUGGUUUAAAUGAAGGUGUAAUGAAAGAAAACAGCUUGAGGAGGAACUUUUUUCAUGCUUCUGGAUCAAAGCUGAAUCCAUAUUAGGCUUUGAUGAUGCUGCGUAUUUACCAAGACUGCCCGUAUUUUUUUUCUCAUCCUGCUGUUUAUUAGAAAUUAUACCUGCUCAAGUUUUCUGCUUCGGUUUCGUUAAUCCCUGCCUGCUUGUCUUUAUGAACGUAGAAUCACCUGCACAUCAGAAACUGAGUUCCCCUUUCAUAUUCUUCCACAAAUUAUCUCGUUUUCCGGGUAAUUUUAAGACCCCUUUAUGAAUUGUGAUGAAGCCUUUGUAAUAACAAAAAGUGCUAUUGGUUUCUGCCCAAGCAGGUGCAAAAUGCUAAACCUGCAUCGUAACCACCUGGUGUGUCUGCGUCAGCUGCCAAAGCUCCCAGCAGUGGAGCAUCUCUGUUUGUCGGAGAACGCCAUCAGCUCCCUGCGGGGGCUGGGGGCUCUGGGGAGCAGCCCACUGCGCUCCCUUAACCUGACCCGCAACCCAGUGACCUUCAGCCGGGACUACCGUGCACAUGUUUUCUCCUGUUUGCCAAACCUGGAGGUCUUGGACGGCAUUCCCAAGCUUCCAGGAGAGUCGCUGCCCCUCCGGGUGAAGGGACCGGAACCCAGCAGGAUGUGUAUCAUUUUAUGACCCUCUCUGAGGGAGGAUGAAAACAGACUUAUUCCUGGUAUUCACUUCGGCAUCGCUUUUAGCCUGCGAAACAACAACAUGGAGGAGGCCUGUCUUUUGUUUGAAGGAAAACCAGCUGGCUAACAUUUUCUACAUUUACUGAGAUUGUCAAAAGCUGCUUGUGAGAGACUUGAUAAUAAUAUGCAAACUUGAA